AUGCAUACGAUUUGUAUCUUUUUGUGUUUGUUUAUCAAUUUCGUCGUUUCGUACGAAGUUGUUCCCAUCUCAUCGGAGCUAUGGAUGCAAACAUAUUCCGCGCAUUGGGAUGAUGCAUCGCAAAGUCUUUAUUUUGUGGAUUAUUUGAGCAAAAGUCGCGCAAUAAAUAGGUAUGACAUAGCCAAAGAUAAGGUUUACUCUGCGUCUGUUGAAGGCAUUGAACCAGUUGCAUUUAUUCUUCCACUGAAAAAAUGCUGCAAUCGUUUCCUUAUAGGUGACGAACUCUCCGUAAAGGUGAUCGAAUGGGAUGGCAAAGACAAAAAGGCGAGAAUAGUUCGAGAGGAAUUCAAUGUGGAAAAAUAUGAGGGCGAUGCACCGAAUUCACUCAGCAUUGCUAGAGCUUCGCCCAACUGUGAAUUCUAUGGAGGAACACUCAUUACCGAUUUUUGUGGUGCAACAAAGGCUGGAAAUGCUUCUCUUUAUCACUACAGCAAAUGUUGUGGAGUCAAGCAAAUAUGGGGUGAUCUAUUGCUUUCGGCUGGUUUGGAUUGGAAUGUAGAUGAAAAUAAAUUCUAUCACAUUGAUUCAUGCAAACGUGAGCUUCGGGAGUAUGACUGGGAUUCAAAAACCGGUAAAAUACAAUACUAUCCGGUUGGACUUACCGUUGACACGGAUGGAUUCGUGUAUGUUGCCAUGUAUUAUGGCGGUGCGGUUUUGAAAGUCGAUCCAAGAUCAUCAAAAUUGGUGAAGGAAAUUGAAAUACCGGCGAAGAUUGUUUCUUCGGUCGCGUUUGGAGGAAAACAUCUGGAUACACUCUUUGUGACCUCUGGUGGAAGAGGUUACAAUUUCAAUACUGGAGAUCUUACAAACAAGAGAUAUCGUGGCGAAAGUGGAUCAGUUUUCAUGGUGAAAGAUCUGAAUGCAAAAGGAUUCCCUGGAAGAAGCGUGUGUUUGUAACCGCUUGAAUUGCUUUUUCAAUUUUAAAUUAUAAACAUUUUCAUUGGAUGAUCAUGAACUUUGGUUCAAUCUUUCUGGUGCACAGUUAUAAACAAAGCUUGCUAAAAGAGCA